UCAAUCUCUCAUCUGCGUCCAUAGAACGAUUGAUAAACCCCGAAACGAAAAAGUCGCCAUUUGAAAUUUUUUUGGUUUAUUUCCGUCCCAAUCAGAACCAAAAUUGAAAGCGCAUAGUCAAAAAUUCCAAGUUCGCAGUCGAAACAAAACCCUAAUCGUAUUAAUAUGGUUGAUGUAGCUGAUAAAUUAGCCUAUUUCCAAGCGAUCACAGGUCUUGAAGAUGCCGAUUUAUGCAACGACAUCCUCCAAGCUCAUGGCUGGGACCUUGAACUCGCGAUCUCAUCUUUCACCUCCAAUAACAACGCCGACACCACUUCCACCACUACAAUUAUCCAAAACGACGUAGUUUCCUCCACCACCGACACCGGAACAUCCGCCUCACAGCCUUCCACUCGCGACGCACCAGUUGCCGCCGCUGCCGCUCCUGGUCUAGCCUGGAAACUAAUCACUCUGCCUAUUUCGGUGAUCUCCGGAAGUCUAGGGUUAUUAUCAGGUGCUAUCGGCUUAGGACUAUGGGCAACAGGCGGCGUUUUAUCGUAUUCGUUAGGUAUGGUCGGAUUAGGACCAAAUGCAAGUAGAAAUGCUGAAUCCUCCUCUUUAGUAACGCUGUCGGCUGCCGCCAGAGAGGCGAUUGAUUUCGUAUCGGCUUUUGAUAGGGAGUAUGGUGCUUCUGGAAGACCUAAUUUUGUAACGGAAGGGUUUAUGGAUGCUUUACAGAGAUCGAGAAAUGCCUACAAGUUGUUGUUUGUGUACUUGCAUUCUCCGGAUCAUCCUGAUACGCCGUCGUUCUGUGAGAGGACGUUGUGUUCGGAGAUGUUGAGUGAGUUUGUGAAUGAGAAUUUUGUGGCUUGGGGUGGGAGUAUUAGGGCUACUGAAGGUUUUAAAAUGAGUAAUAGUUUAAAAGCUUCUAGAUAUCCUUUUGUUGCUCUUGUCAUGCCUGCUACUAAUCAAAGGAUCGCCCUGCUUCAGCAGGUCGAGGGUCCAAAAUCCCCUGAAGAAAUGCUCACUAUACUUCAGAGAGUGCUUGAAGAAAGUUCUCCGGUGCUUGUUUCUGCAAGACUUGAAGCAGAAGAAAGGAGAACCAACAUGCGUUUGAGGGAGGAACAAGAUGCUGCUUACAGAGCAGCACUUGAGGCAGAUCAAGCUAGAGAACGUCAAAGGAAAGAGGAGCAAGAACGUCUGGAGAGGGAAGCUGCUGAAGCAGAGAGGAAGCGAAAAGAGGAAGAAGAGGCCCGCGAAAGAGAAGCACGUGAAGCUGCAGAAAAAGAGGCUGUUCUGGCUAGAAUGCGCGAGGAGAAAGCCUUAUCACUUGGCGCUGAACCUGAAAAAGGACCCGGUAUCACACAGGUUUUGGUACGGUUCCCAAGUGGAGAACGCAAAGAAAGAAGGUUCCACUGCACUGCCACUAUCAAGACUCUAUAUGACUAUGUUGAUUCGUUGGGUUUCUUAGAGGUUGACUCAUACAGCCUCGUCUCAAACUUUCCGCGGUCAGUAUAUGGCUCAGAGAAACUCUCUUUGUCCUUGAAAGAAGCAGGAUUGCAUCCUCAGGCCAGCCUUUUUGUGGAGCUGAACUAGGGAAGUGUAAUGCCAAGUAGUGAUUAGUUGAUGUUUGAGCUUUUGAUUAGUGAUGAUAGUCAGACAAGAUAGCUCUCUCUUAUCUUGAAUGUUUCAUUUUUCCAUCAAUGUUGGUAAAUCAAUGAAAAGAAAAUGGAGCAGCAAAAGAUGGACAAAAGUGGUUGGAAUAAUGUUUGUAACUUUGCACAUAUGUCAAUUGGUGAAAUGGUAUUAUUAGCUGAGCCA